UUUUUUUAAACAAAUAUUAAUUUUUAUAUUUUUAUUUUUCACACCCUUAUUUAUUGUUUUCAUAUUUAAGUGCAACAUUAAAUAAAGUUAGUUUAAUAAAAUCAAAGAAAAAAAUCAAUGUAAUUUGUAAAUCAAAAGUAAUUGUUCCAUUUGUUCUAUUUUAUUAAGUUACACUUUUUUUUAUCAUGAAUAUUUGUAAGAUAUAAACUCUCCUUUACCAGCUAACCAAUCUAGAUCCGCCACGUGUCCAAUUAAAUUACUGAAAAAGGAAAAUGAACGGGACGGAGAAAAGGUGCAGAGACACUCAUGCAGUGCAUCUGAGGCUCUCUCUCCUUCUCUUUCUCUCUCUGCGCAACUCCAAACUUCCUUUCGGAGUGGCGAUUUCGCUUUCUGUUUUCCUUCUCUGCGGCGUGUGGCGUCUCCUUAUACAGUGGACUGAAGGACCAGUCUGCUCGGGGCAGCAUUGGGAUCAAGAGAAUAAUGCAUUUUUACCAGCAGCCAAAAGGAUGUAUAUGGAUAAUGAAACAGAGCUCAGAGCUGCUGAGUUAUGCACGCAAUGGGAUAGUCGCAUAAGGGAUCCUAAUUGGAACUCUUUCAAGAUGAUCGAAAAUGAACAUGGUAACGGUUACGAGACAAUCCUGAAUGAAGAAGAUGAGGAACUGACAGUGGUGAGGAAUGAGUUAGGCGAAGAAGCCUACGAAGCAGUGACGACAGCCUUGAUGGAGGCGAAUGAGUAUAAUCCAAGCGGUAGGUAUGUAGUGCAGGAGCUGUGGAAUAACAAAGAGAAAAGAAGAGCAACUCUGAAAGAAGGAAUAGCAUAUAUCAUCAAGCAAUGGAGGACGCUCAAAAGCAAGAGACGCUAGAGACUUGUUCCUCUUCAAGUUUAUACUAUAUCUUAACAUCACAAAACCUCAGUCUUCUCUUCCAGCAGUUUUUUGUUUACUUCAGCGAGAGCUAGAUCGUUUAAUGGAGAAUCCUUGUUUGUCACUAGUUUGCCUUUGCAUGUAUUGAGAUUAUCUUCGAAUCUUUUCUGGUUAGAGUUCUCUUUGUUAGUGACUUUUAAUAUUAUGUUCUUUACAUUCUCUUUUCCUUUA